AUCCUUGAGGCAGGCCCACAUGGCCGCCGCCCCGACUGGCCCUCGCACUGUGCCUGGAGAGCCCUGGCCCACGACCCUGAGCCUCCUCCUGCUCCUGUUUCUCCUGCCUCCCACCCAGGUUGCAGCCACAGCCCACAGGCACCCUGCCAGUGAGGAGGUCGCCUUUAGCCGUGAUGUGGGUAGGACCCGUCCACGCCCAGCCUGUGGCCAGCGUCCUGUGCAAGGGAAGAUACUGGGAGGCGUGGAUGCCCUUGAGAGAAAGUGGCCGUGGCAGGUCAGUGUGCACUACACAGGUUUCCACAUCUGUGGUGGGUCCAUCGUUGAUGAGUACUGGAUCCUGUCGGCUGCCCACUGCUUUGACAGGAGUACGAACACUGAGGCAUAUGAUAUAUAUGUGGGCCUUGUGGACCUCCUGGUUGCUGGCAAUCACACACAGUGGUUUGAGGUGAAUAGGGUGAUCAUACACCCCACCUACGAAUUGUACCACCCUAUUGGAGGCGACGUUGCUCUGGUGCAGCUGAAAACCCGCAUUGUUUUUUCCGACGCUGUGCUUCCCAUCUGUAUUGCACCCCCAGACUUGACUCUUUCGAACCUUUCUUGCUGGGCUACAGGAUGGGGAUCCAUCUCCCAACAAGGUGACACGUCAAACACGCUGCAGGAGGUACAGUUGCCUCUGGUCCCAUUGCACCUGUGCCGACAGCUCUAUGGACAAACAAGCAUUCAGCCAGACAUGCUGUGUGCCGGAAGCUUCAGGGACAUGAAGACUGCAUGUGAGGGUGAUUCUGGGAGCCCACUUGUCUGUGAAUUCAACCACACCUGGGUGCAAAUUGGAGUAGUGAGCUGGGGGAAGGGUUGCACAUACCCUAUGUUUCCUACAGUUUUUGCCCGAGUCUCCUUUUUCUCAAGAUGGAUUCAGCAUCACAUAGAAAACACACCCGUACCUCUUCAGCCACUCCCUGCCCUCUCCCCUACUCCGGGGGCCAUCAUCAACAUCCUUAUGACCUCACUGGCUGCCCUGUCAAUGCUGUAAGGACCACAGCCUCACCCAGCUUCCUCACAGCUGCAUGCCUCCAUCCCUGCCCAGCUCCAGCCCCUCAAGUCCUCACACACCUGAGCAAAGUGGGGGCCAUCAGCCAAGCUCACACGCAAGGUCCGGAGGGAGACUGCCAAGGGCCACGCCCACCACGGCAGAGGCUGGUCUCACCACAGAAGGCGGCGGUUCAUGGGAGGGCAGAGGACAUUUGCUGAGUGCUCCGGGCACCUAAGAUCUGAGAAGAUAUUAAACAUUUACAAAGUAAGUGUCCCAGAAAUCCUAUAUUUACCUUUCUACACAG